UGCCUUGUUUUCACUGCGAACGACGACCACGAAGCAGGAAGGGGAAGGUACUGAGCGCGUCCACCCGUCCAUCCAUCCAUCCAUCCAGCCACCCCACGUCCAUCCAUCCAGCCAAGCAGUCAUGGAUUCGCGCUGCUUCUUCGACAUUGCCAUUGGUGGCAAGAUUGUGGGUCGUGUUGUGUUUGAGCUGUUUGUGAAGGAUGCACCCAGGACGUGUGAGAACUUCCGUGCGUUGUGCACAGGUGAAAAGGGCCGCAGCCCACUCUCCAACUCCAACCUGCACUACGAGGGCUCCAGGUUCCAUCGUGUGAUCAAGGAGUUUAUGAUCCAAGGCGGCGACUUUACCCGAGGCGAUGGCCGUGGAGGCGAAAGCAUUUACGGACGCACGUUCCCCGAUGAGAAAUUUGUGCAUCGCCACUCGGAGCCGUUCCUACUGUCCAUGGCCAAUCGAGGACCAGACACAAACAGCUCCCAGUUUUUCAUCACAACCGCCCCGGCGCCACACCUGGACAACAAGCACGUUGUGUUUGGGCGUGUUGUCAAGGGGCAAGACAUCAUCAAGAUGGUGGAAGGCGUGCGAACAGACGACAACGACACGCCGCUCAUUGACGUGACGAUUGCCAAGAGCGGUGAGCUGGUGCGCAGAUCCAAGGUGGAGACAAAGCCACGCGCAGCAGCAGACAGCGACACAGAUUCCUCCUCCUCAUCAUCAUCCUCUUCUUCGUCAUCAUCAUCAUCGUCGUCGUCGUCGUCAUCAUCAUCUUCAAGUUCUGGCUCAGAUUCAGACAGCAGCAGCUCAUCGGGCUCGGAUCGCGGCAGCUCUCGCAAGAAAAAGCUGCGGAAGAAGAAGAAGAGCAAGAAGGAGAAGGCUGCCGAGAAGGAGCUGUUUGAAGUGGGCAAGCCCACACGAAGCCGCUUCCACGACACCCGCCGCCUCCAGCCGAGGAAACAAACCCGCAGCCGCAGUCGCAGUCGCAGCCGCAGUGGUGAUGACAGUGAUGGCAGCGGCGAUGACGACCGACGUGGUCGCCAUCACCAUCAUCACCACCAUCACCAUCGUGACUCGCGGGAGCGGGGGCCUGUGGAGCGCAAGGGCGCAUCUGGCCGAACCGUUCGUGGCCGCGGCGCUGUGCGAUACCGGACACCCCCACGUGAUGGGCGGCGCGGCGGCUACGGCGAGGACCGUUAUGGCCGUGCGUACGACCGCAGGCAGGGCCGACGCGAUGGCUGGGACCGCUAUGGAUCACGACACCGCCGCCGCAGCCGCUCGCGAUCGCGGGACCGCCGCCGCAGUCGCAGCCGCAGCCGCAGUUGAGGACAAUGCGAGCAUGCCUGGCAGCACAUCGAACUCUCCAGAACCUUCACCCGCACGCGCGUGCACGGCGAGAGAGAGAAAUCGGGGGCGGGGGCGAGGGGCGAGGGUGAACAGGUUUGACGCUGCUUGUGUUGCUUGUCUGUAGAUGUUUGGUUGAAGAUAUACACCAAAAUUCAGCAAA